AUGAUCUGCAUGGGAGCUAUUCCCUCUAUGGUGUCCAACGGCGUCAAACCGGGUGUUGAAAAAUUUGCCAAAUUCGAUCCUCAAUCAAGUCUUGACGGACGAGCAGCCCUACAAAACGCUACCCAAGCCAAUAAAGGCACAGUUUCGCAGGCGGCAGAGGCAGCGCGCACAGGUGCCCAAAUGAUGUCCAUGAAAGCCAGCGACGUUAAAUCCUCCCUCUCGGCUCUGGCAGAGAUAGAUGAUGGUUCGAAUACGAUUAUCGAUAUCAAUUAUAUGAUGACUGCACUUGAAGAUUAUCUCAAGAAAGCUGCAGAAGAAAUGUGGGUGGCUAAAUACUAUCCUGGAAAGUAUAUGGCUAUUUCAUAUGAUGAUGUAGCUCCAUCAUCGGAACCUCCGGGUGCUUCGGCGACCGGAGGAAGCUCCGCCGAACAGACUGCUGCUCCAGCGGCGGAAUAG